AUGGCCGCGACUCGUCUGCUCCCCGUUCUCCUCCUGCUUCUCGUCUCCCACGCCGCCCUCUCGUCAGCUGCACCCCGUCUGCCAAAAAGAAUCUCUCUGACCGUUCAAGCCCACGCGCAGCGCCUUCGAGCACGAGCCGCGGCUUUGAGCUCGAACUCCCAGGGCCUCUUCAGUCAGCUCCGCGGCGCCGUAACCCCCGCCGCAACCGGCGGGCCCAUUAAGUACUGGGGAGGUCCCAUUGUCGCGGGUAACCCCACGGUGAACAUCUACCACAUCUACUACGGCAGCUGGCCGUCGGGGUCCGGGCAGGUCUACAUCGACAACUUCGUUAGGUCUUUAAGUAGCGACUCGGGCGCGCAGGGCUCGUCGAGCGACCCGACGGUGAAGGGGUGGUGGGCGAUCUCGGCGAACUACUAUCAGACGAGCAGCGGGGCGAAGAAGAACGUGAGCUCCAAGGUGCGGCUCGCCGGAACGACGUACGACAACUACUCGUACGGCAAGGCGCUCACCGACAACUAUGUGCUCUCCAUCGUCAAGAGCAAGAUCGGAUCUGGCAAGGCCUUCGCGUACGACCCGCACGGAAUCUACGUGCUUCUAACCAGCAAGGACGUGACUCUUUCGUCAGGCUUCUGCAGCCAAUACUGUGGAUGGCACACGGUCGGCUAUAUCAGUUCAUCCCCAUUCUAUUACGCGUUCGUGGGUCACCACGGCCAGUGCCCCAACUCGUGCGGCGCAAAGAGCACCUCCCCCAAUGGCAACCCCGCUAUUGACGCCACCAUCUCGACUCUCGCGCACGAAAUUACUGAAGCUGCUACGGACCCGGAUGUGCGGUCUGGCUGGUUCGACUCGAAUGGGGAGGAGAACGCGGACCUGAAUGCACCCUCAAGCUGGGUGAGGGUGGAAGGGUUAUCAGUGUGUGCUUGUAGAUUAUUGUCACCCUUCCAGUUGCUGGAAGGGAAGGGAUUUGGGUGA